CGCUUCUCUCUCUCCGUAAGUCUGUCUCCUGAGCCUUGCCCAAAAAGGACACAAUGCUUCAAGGAAGGACUGUGAGAUGCUGCCUUUUGCUGAUGCUCUUGACUAUCCUGCCUACACGGCCUGCAUUGGAAGACACCAAUGUGGCCCUCGCCGGAGAAGCUUCACAAUCCAGUACCUACAGCUCGCUAGGAGCAGCUGGAAAUGCCAUUGACGGGUCCACAGCCAGUGAUUUUAACCAGGGAUCCUGCACCCACACAGAUUCUGAAAGGAAUCCAUGGUGGAUGGUAGACUUGAAGGCACAAUAUCAAGUACUCCGUGUCACCAUCACCAAUCGGAAAGACUGCUGUGCUCAGCGUCUCAAUGGGGCUGAAAUCCGAGUUGGGGACUCCGCAGAGAGAGGAGGCACCACAAAUCCUAGAUGUGCUACAAUAAGUUCUUUGGGUGCUGGGGAAACAGAAACUUUUUACUGUGAAUCAUCGAAGGGCCAGUUUGUGACAGUUACCCUACCUGGGAAGGAAUACCUCACGCUUUGUGAAGUCCAGGUGUUUGGAUGUAAGAUAGAGUCCCCUGACACCAAUGUGGCCCUCGCCGGAGAAGCUUCACAAUCCAGUACCUACAGCUCGCUAGGAGUAGCUGGAAAUGCCAUUGACGGGUCCACAUCCAGUAAUUUUAACCAGGGAUCCUGCACCCACACAAAUUCUGAAAAUAAUCCAUGGUGGAUGGUAGACUUGAAGGCACAGUAUCAAGUACUCCAUGUCACCAUCACCAAUCGGAAAGACUGCUGUGCUCAGCGUCUUAAUGGGGCCGAAAUCCGAGUUGGGGACUCUGCAGAGAGAGGAGGAACCACAAAUCCUAGAUGUGCUACAAUAGGUUCUUUGGGUGCUGGGAAAACAGACAGCUUUAACUGUGAAGCAUCAAAAGGGCGGUAUGUCACUGUUACCCUACCUAGGAAAGAAUACCUCACGCUUUGUGAAGUCCAGGUGUUUGGACGGAAGAUAGAGUCCCCUGACACCAAUGUGGCCCUCGCCGGAGAAGCUUCACAAUCCAGUACCUACAACUCACUAGGAGCAGCUGGAAAUGCCAUUGACGGGUCCACAUCCAGUAAUUUUAACCAGGGAUCCUGCACCCACACAAAUUCUGAAAAUAAUCCAUGGUGGAUGGUAGACUUGAAGGCACAAUAUCAUGUACUCCGUGUCACCAUCACCAAUCGGAAAGACUGCUGUGCUCAGCGUCUCAAUGGGGCUGAAAUCCGAAUUGGGGACUCCGCAGAGAGAGGAGGGACCACAAAUCCUAGAUGUGCUACAAUAGGUUCUUUGGGUGCUGGGGAAACAGAAACUUUUUACUGUGAAUCACCGAAGGGCCAGUUUGUGACAGUUACCCUACCUGGGAAAGAAUACCUCACGCUUUGUGAAGUCCAGGUGUUUGGAUGUAAGAUAGAGUCCCCUGACACCAAUGUGGCCCUCGCCGGAGAAGCUUCACAAUCCAGUACCUACAGCUCGCUAGGAGCAGCUGGAAAUGCCAUUGACGGGUCCACAGCCAGUAAUUUUAACCAGGGAUCCUGCACCCACACAAAUUCUGAAAAUAAUCCAUGGUGGAUGGUAGACUUGAAGGCACAGUAUCAAGUACUCCGUGUCACCAUCACCAAUCGGAAAGACUGCUGUGCUCAGCGUCUCAAUGGGGCCGAAAUCCGAGUUGGGGACUCUGCAGAGAGAGGAGGCACCACAAAUCCUAGAUGUGCUACAAUAGGUUCUUUGGGUGCUGGGGAAACAGACAGCUUUAACUGUGAAGCAUCAAAAGGGCGGUAUGUCACUGUUACCCUGCCUAGGAAAGAAUACCUCACGCUUUGUGAAGUCCAGGUGUUUGGACGGAAGAUAGAGUCCCCUGGAGAUGAAGAGGGGACCGCAUCUGGAAUGGAAGAAGCAUAAGGACAGCCUGUGUGAAAAGGAAGAAAUAUAAUUUCAAAGUAAGUUCA